CCUGUCGCCUUCAAUUGCAACUUUCUACCACUAACCCCUUUCCCUUUCCCCAUUGGGCAUUAUAAAAAUUAGGGCUUUUUGGGUAUGAAUCAAGUUACUGGGACUAACGACCCAGAGGGCGAGCCCGUGGCUCAGUCUCAAGAACCGGUUUCAAAGGGUUCCGAAAAGUCUGAAUCGAUCACUGUCAGUGGUGAAGAUCAAGAGGUGGCGCCACCUGAGGACAAGGCUCCCAUGGCCGUGGACCAUCCAAUAGACGAAGAACCGGUUGGUCCCGCCACCGUUUUCUGCAUCACUCUGAAGCAAACCAAGUCGAAUUUACUCCACAAGAUGAGUGUCCCUGAACUAUGUCGCAAUUUCAGUGCUGUUUCUUGGUGUGGAAAACUCAAUGCAAUAGCUUGUGCAGCUGAAACGUGUGCAAGAAUCCCAAGUUCAACUGCAAAUCCACCAUUUUGGAUUCCAAUACACAUUGUAAUCCCAGAGAGGCCGACUGAGUGUGCAGUGUUCAAUGUCAUAGCAGAUUCUCCUCGUGAUUCUGUCCAGUUUAUAGAAUGGUCCCCGACCUCUUGUUCCCGUGCAUUACUGAUUGCAAAUUUCCAUGGGAGGGUGACUAUUUGGACUCAACCUUCUCAAGGGCCACCUAAUCUUGUACGUGAUACUAGCUGCUGGCAGCGUGAGCAUGAAUGGCGGCAAGAUAUUGCAGUUGUUACAAAGUGGCUAUCUGGGGUGUCUCCGUAUAGGUGGCUUUCAUCCAAGUCUAGUGCUCCUGCCACUUCAAAGUCAACAUUUGAGGAGAAGUUUCUUUCACAGCAAUCUCAAACUUCAGCUAGAUGGCCCAAUUUUCUCUGUGUCUGUUCUGUGUUCUCAUCAGGCUCAGUUCAGCUUCAUUGGGCCCAGUGGCCUCCUAGUCAGAAUGGUGCAACGCCUAAGUGGUUUUGCACUAGUAAAGGACUCUUGGGUUGUGGGCCCAGUGGCAUUAUGGCUGGUGAUGCUAUCAUAACAGACAGUGGCGCCAUGCAUGUAGCAGGUGUACCAAUUGUUAAUCCAUCCACCAUUGUUGUUUGGGAAGUCACUCCUGGACCUGGAAAUGGUUUCCAAGUAACUCCAAAGACAAGUACUACUUGUGGUGUUCCACCUCUUAGCCCACCCAAUUGGGCUGGCUUUGCUCCUUUAGCUGGAUAUUUGUUUAGUUGGCAAGAUUAUCUAUUAUCUGAAGCAAAGCAAGGGAGAAAACAGACAGAACAAAACCUUGGUGAUGCCGUACCCUUAUACUGUUCACCAGUUUCAAAUUUUUCAGCAUAUGUGAGUCCCGAAGCUGCAGCUCAAUCUGCAGCCACCACUACAUGGGGUUCUGGUGUAACAGCAGUGGCUUUUGAUCCUACACGUGGUGGUUCUGUCAUAGCCGUUGUGAUUGUUGAGGGACAGUACAUGUCGCCAUAUGAUCCAGAUGAGGGCCCAUCAAUUACAGGGUGGAGAGUGCAACGCUGGGAGUCAUCUUUACAACAUGUUGUUCUGCAUCCUAUAUUUGGGAACCCUACGUCUAGUAUGGGUGGACAACCCCCUAUGCAAACUGUCUGGCAGUCCAAAGUGGACCUAAGCAUAGCACCAACAAAUGAUUUCAAGAAUCAUCAGGCAUCUUCAAUUGGAGUGGCUUCUGAUGUGCAAAAGACAUUUGACUCUGGUUCUGAUAAAUCAAAAAUGGUCAAUUUUGAUCCAUUCGAUCUACCAAGUGAUGUUAGGACACUUGCCCGAGUUGUUUACUCUGCUCAUGGUGGUGAAAUUGCCAUUGCUUUUCUUCGGGGUGGUGUCCAUGUCUUUUCUGGUCCAAAUUUUGCACCUGUGGACAACUAUCAGAUUAAUGUUGGAUCUGCAAUUGCUGCUCCUGCAUUUUCUUCAACUAGCUGUUGUUCAGCUUCUGUUUGGCAUGACACUAUCAAAGACCGUACAGUAUUGAGAAUAGUUCGGGUUCUUCCUCCUGCUAUUCCUGUUAGUCAAGCCAAGGCCAAUUCAUCGACUUGGGAGCGUGCAAUUGCUGAAAGGUUUUGGUGGAGCCUUAUGGUUGGCGUUGAUUGGUGGGAUGCUGUGGGCUGUACACAGAGUGCCGCCGAGGAUGGUAUUGUUUCACUUAACAGCGUUAUUGCAGUUUUGGAUGCGGAUUUCCAUUCUCUUCCUUCUGCUCAGCACAGGCAGCAGUAUGGUCCAAGUCUAGACAGGAUAAAGUGUAGGCUACUGGAAGGAUCAAAUGCCCAAGAGGUCAGGGCAAUGGUUCUGGAUAUGCAAGCUAGAUUAUUGUUGGAUAUGCUUGGAAAAGGAAUUGAGUCUGCUUUGGUAAAUUCUUCAUCUUUAGUGCCUGAGGCAUGGCAUGCAUCUGGUGAAACGCUAUCAAACAUUGAUCCUGAAUCAAUGGCUAUAGAACCUGCGUUAAUUCCUACUAUUCAGGCUUAUGUUGAUGCAGUUCUUGAUCUGGCUUCCCAUUUUAUUACACGAUUGCGUCGUUAUGCAAGUUUCUGUCGUACACUAGCAUCUCAUGCUGCAACUGCAAGCACUGGAAGCAACCGCAAUGUGGUUACCAGUCCUACCCAAAGUUCUGCAACUCCUGCAACAAGUCAAGGAGGUCAAAAUGGGACCACCAGUUCCAUGGGGAGCACACAGCUGCAAAGUUGGGUUCAAGGGGCCAUCGCCAAGAUGAGUAAUCCAACUGAAGCAGUGUCCAAUCCAACUCCUCCCCCCAUCAGUGGUCCUUCGCCAUUUAUGCCUAUCAGCAUUAACACAGGAACAUUCCCUGGAACACCAGCAGUUAGACUUAUUGGGGACUGUCAUUUCCUUCACAGAUUAUGCCAACUGUUGCUAUUCUGCUUUUUCUUUCGGCGAACACAACUCCCUCGCUAUAUGGGGGUUGCAAAUAGAACCACUGAUCCCACUGUACAAAAGCCUCAACCAAAUGCUUCUGCUACUGGCAAGACAGAGGAGACUACAAAACCAGUUUCAGCUGUAGUUAAGUCAGAUGAUGGUCCGACAGGUCGGGGUGGUCAGAUUGUGCCUGGGAUAAAAGCAGGUGAAGAAACGGCUCCUGGGCGUUCAAGAGUAGGAACUGGGAAUGCUGGCCAAGGAUAUACAUUUGAAGAGGUCAAGGUGCUUUUUAUGAUACUAAUGGAUCUAUGUCGCCGGACAGCUGGGCUGCAACACCCUUUACCAGUUUCCCAGGUGGGGAGCAGCAACAUUCAGGUUCGGCUGCAUUAUAUUGAUGGGAACUACACUGUACUGCCAGAGGUUGUGGAAGCAUCUCUUGGCCCACAUAUGCAGAAUAUGCCUCGUCCCAGAGGUGCCGAUGCCGCUGGUCUUCUACUUCGUGAACUAGAACUUCACCCUCCAGCAGAAGAGUGGCACAGGCGGAAUAUGUUUGGUGUACCUUCAUCUGAAUCAGAGGACGUGGAUUUUGGAAAUGAAGCACCGAAACUAGUUACUUGUGACCCACUUGAUUUCAGUUCAUCGGAACAAUGUGAUGUAUACUACGGAGCCCAGCAGUUAUGGCCAAGGAAGCGCAGGAUGUCCGAAAGAGAUGCUGCUUUCGGGUUGAACACUUCUGUGGGCUUGGGAGCUUAUCUUGGCAUAAUGGGAUCUCGACGAGAUGUUGUUACUACAACGUGGAAGGCUGGCCUCGAAGGAAUCUGGUUCAAGUGCAUAAGAUGUCUGCGUCAGACCUCUGCAUUUGCUUCCCCUGGAGCUCCUAGCCCUCCUAGUAACAAUGACAAGGAGAUUUGGUGGAUCAGCCGCUGGGCGUAUGGCUGCCCAAUGUGCGGUGGAACAUGGGUUCGAGUUGUAUAGAGAUGGCUUCCUUAUCCUUGUAUUAGAACUUGAGUUCAAUCUGGAGAGUAUUGUGGAUGAAAUGUAUAGUAGAGGGUAGAUUUUGUUGCCAAUUAUCAUCAUGUAGCUUUUUUUGGAGGUCUAACUUUACUUUCUUGGGUUUGAGUGGCUGUUUUGUUGAUCACUCUGAUGGGUCAGAUGUUCGGAAAUUAAUUCAGGAGAAACCUCUGCUUUUGAGGUUCUCUGACCCCCUUGAUUUGUACUAUGAACACAUCAGUGGCUUGUGCACUGGAAUAUUUUUGUCAAUUUGCCUAAUAGAAACCAUGUAAAUUAUUA